AUGAAGAUAAUGUCCUGGAAUGUCAGAGGGUUGGGUAGGGCAGAUAAACGGCGGAGAGUUAGACAGGUUAUUCAGGAUAGAAAGGUGGAUGUCCUGCUUCUUCAAGAAACAAAAAAAAGUAGUGUGGAAGAGAUGUUUGUUCGCUCAGUUUGGCCUUGGGAGAGGAUGGCGUUUAUGGCGGUUGAUUCUGAAGGUAGUGUUGGAGGGCUAUUGAGCAUAUGGAACCCAGAGGUGUUUCAACUAAAGGAGUGUUGCGGUCAUAGAAAUUUCCUGCUCCUAUCAGGUGUAACUCUUAAUUCCUUUGAAUGUGUCUUUUUAAAUGUGUAUGGGCCUAAUGAUGUGUCAAAAAGAGUAGAGUUAUGGGACACCUUUGGCAGAAGAUUUACGUGGUGUAACUCCAUGGCGGGAGAGCGGUGGAGUAAGAUUGAUAGGUUUUUGCUGGACGUAGUAUGGUUGGAAAAGUUCAGGUUUCAGAUGUGGGGUCUUCCCAGAUUGGUAUCUGAUCACUACCCACUUCUGUUGAUGGAAGAUGAGAGGAAUUGGGGGCCUAGGCCAUUUAGGUUCCUUAAUGCUUGGAGAUUACACCCUGGUUUCAUUUCAGUUGCUCAAAAAGCUUGGUCGAAGAAUCAAGUUCAAGGCUGGGCUGGUUGUAGACUGCAAAGAAAGUUAGGCGGUAUGAAAGCUGAAUUGAAAAAAUGGAAUAGUGAAGUUUUUGGUCUGGUAGAGGACCAACUAAAAAAAGUAGAGGAGGAGUUGCAUGAAUUUGACCUGUUAGCAGAGUUAAGGGAGUUGACAUCCGUUGAGAUUGAAUCUAGAAGGGAGACAAAACAUUUGGUUUGGAAGCUUAGGAAAAAGAAAGGACUGGCUAUGGUUCCAAAAGUCUAG